AUGAAACAUUUUGUUAUCUUCACGUUAAUAGUUGGAGUAAUGCUAACAAACAUGGCGGAGGCUGCUCAUUAUACUUAUAAUCCAAUUCAGCCCAACCAGGUCCGGCUAUUCAAAUUUGUCCAAGAUGACAACGGGAUAUGUGCGCUUCAUGAAACUUUCUCGCUUGAAGCGCUCCCUGUGUUUCGUUCUCUCUCGUACACUUGGGCUCCUAAUGGAGGCUGCCCUCCGAGCAACUUCAAAAUCGACAUCGACAAACUCAAACUCCCAAAUUUGGACACGCUCCAAGAGUUCUUUAAAGCCCUAAAGUCCAGAGGCAUGCUACAUGACGGUAAAUGGUGGUGGAUAGACUCAAUUUGCAUCAACCAGGCGAAUAUCAAAGAGAGGGGCUUCCAGGUAGGACACAUGGAAAUACUGGUCAGCCGGGCGAAAACCGUCAUUGUCUGGCUGGGAGAAGCCUCGAGCGACAGCGAGCUGGCUAUAGACUUUAUCAAACUUCUCGACGAGACGAGCCGACGCAGGCUCAGCAUUGCAGACCUCCGCGCCACGCUAGAGAAUGGUCACUAUCGUGCCCACUGGGAAGCUUUGACGAAUUUUCUGUCACAAAAGUGGUGGUCCAGGAUUUGGACUAUGCAGGAAUUUGUACUGGCGCAGAGCCUCUCGUUCUGGUGCGGCAUGCACGACAUCAGCAGGGUCGCCAUCUGCCAGAGCCUUAGUAUGGCCGACAAGUGCACCUCGAGUGGCACCAAACAGUCUAUUGCAUUCAAGCACGGCAACAACCGGAGAAUAGCAUGGGACUUAUACAAGGCUAGCCAAGAGCCAGGCACCAGCCUUCGAUUCUCUCUUCUUGCCUUGGCCGCCUACUUCUGUUGCAUGGACGCCUUGGAUGAUCGGGAUCGGCUCUACGGCGUGAUGGGGCUCGCGACUGACCGAGUACUGCUGGAAGUUGACUACUCGGUGAGACCGGAGGAAGUCUAUGCGCGGCUGAAUCGAUCAUUUAUCACCCACUACAAGUCUCUGGCUAUUAUAUGUUUUGCCUCAACAUACACACCGCCACCGGGAACAAUACGGCCGUCCUGGAGGCUGGACUGGCAAAAGCGGAGUCCCGAGGUCAUUCCCUCCUUACUAGGAUACGUCACAGGCUACUAG